GACGCGUUGCUGCGAGGUAGUCCGUUGCCCUAGGCCACAGCCUCCCCCCCGUCCGUCCUCCAGUCCCUUCUCAAUCGUCGUGAAGAGUCGUGACAGUCCCCGAGCUACCCGUUUUUUUUUUGUUUUUUGUUUUUUUGCCAAUCGCCAGGCACCGGUUUCAAUUUGUUGUUGUUCUUACUGCUUUUUAUUUGUCUUUCCAUUUUUAUUAUUUUGUUGUCGCUCCCAGUGUCUGUUAUACAUUUUUCAUGGCAUUUUUGAAUUCCUUUUUAUUUUAGUGUUUUGUGUCAGUGUGUGUGUGUGUUUUUUUUGUUUUAAUCAAAGUGUGCAUACAUAUAUAUAUACAAAUAUAUAUAAUUAUCUACACAACUGCAACUACAACAAACUCAUCGAGCGCUUCGCUUCUGGCUGUUAUCAAGUUGCGUGUCAAAGUUGGCCUUGAUGCUGCCCCGGACAAUGAGAGUUAGUCGCAGCGUUCGGCUCAGCUUGCUGCUGUGUUGUGGCCUCGUGUUGUCCGGCUUGCCACAACUUGCGGCACUUGAAGUGGGCGACUCAUGUUCGCUCAAGGGCACUAUUGCGGGCAUUUGUCGGGUGUCCUCCGAAUGUGAACCGCACAUUGACAAAUACAUCAAGUCGGGCCGAUUGAGCAUUAACGAUGUCCCCACCUGUGGCCUGGGGCCACGUGAGGAGAUUGUCUGCUGUCCGGUUGCGCCUUGCUGUUCGGAUGAUACAAGCCCAAGACAGGUCCCCAGCACCACAGCCAGAACAACAACAACUACAACCACCACAACAACAACAACAACGAGGAAACCGGCAACAAAAAAUGUUAUAGACUUGGAUCAGGAUUCGGCCUACUUUGAUUUUCAGCAGCUCUUGAACCCAAAGAAACCCAAAAAUCCCACAAAUAAUAACAAUAAUCGCAAGCCAUCGUUACCACCCGCAAUUCCCACCGCUCGCAACAAGGAUCAGUUUCAGACUGUUGGUCCCUUGGGACCAGCGACCGACGCAGAUCGGCAGCCAAAGGUGAUCAAUAGACCGCAGUCCUUCAGCUGGCCGCGUCAGGAACCUCAGCGUUGGUCACAACCAGUGCGAAAAUCGGAAGAUUUGAUACAGCAGGUCAAUGAUCGAUUGCGUCAGCAGGGCAUGAACAUUAUGCCCUCGAGGGAGGUCAGCACAUUCGAUCAGCGCCCAGUGCCGACAGAAAGGACAACAGCACGUCCCAUUGCGGAUUUCAAUUCGGAUCCCUGGGCACCGUUUCGGUUUCGACCAAGUCCGGCGGAUGAGCUGAUUACCAAUGAUCUGGGCAACGGCGAUGCUGAAUUAUUUGGCACUGAAUCGACAACGACGCCCAAGACCAUUCAACCUACGCCAACAACAAGAGUGGACACCGCACCAGGCAGUGAACGAGCCGCUGUAAGAGCCUGUCGCCAAAUUGAGGAGCGUCAAAAUUUGCACCAGCUGACGCCGCAUAUCCUCGACGGCAUUCCUGUGGACGACGGCAUCUAUCCGCACAUGGCGGCCAUCGCUUUCACUGGCAUUGGACGCACCGAUUACCGUUGCGGUGGCUCUUUGAUCACUACCCGUCAUGUGCUGACUGCGGCGCAUUGUGUCAACAGUUUUGACGAUACGCCUGUGCAUGUGCGUUUGGGUACGGUGAACAUCGACCAAGUGAAUAACCACUAUCAGGAUAUUCCCCUAACGGGCAAUAUCACAAUACAUCCGGAUUAUGUGAGCAGCAGCAAGUACAACGAUAUUGCCAUACUUGAGCUGGCCGAGGAGGCCAAGCUCAGUUUCUACAUUUAUCCUGCGUGUCUGGAAACGAAUCCCGUCGAUCCGCCAGCGGAUUCCAAACUAUUUGUCGCCGGUUGGGGCGUCAUGAAUCUGACCAAUCGUCGCACCUCAAAGAUUUUGCUGCGCGCACCGUUGAACAUUGUGCCGCUGGAACAGUGCAAUGUGUCAUUUGCCGAGCAGCCAAAUAGCCGACGAUUCUUGGCGAACGGCGUCGUCAAUACGCUGCUCUGUGCCGCGGAUGAAGUGCGACAAAAGGCUGAUGCCUGUCAGGGUGAUUCAGGUGGCCCGUUGGUGAUCGAGCGUGAUAUUGUCAACAACAAGUACAGCAUAUUGGGCAUUAUAUCGGCUGGUUUUGGUUGUGCGACAAAAACUCCGGGCCUCUACACACGAGUCGCUGCCUAUUUGGAUUUUAUCGAGAGCGUUGUGUGGCCCAAUAAUGUAGUUUAAUUAUAUUAACUUUAUGGAUCUUCAUUUGUAUAGCAUUAAAUUGUAAGCCAGUCGAUUUUAAAUAUAAAGUUCAUAUUAUUUAGGAAUAAA